AUGAAAAGCGCCCUUUGCGAAGAUGUAGAAAUCACAUUCGAAGGCAACCCAAUGGAGACGGCUUCUUACGUGUAUGUCGGACGUUCGACAGGAGAAGAAGACAGCUUGAGCCGCCUUCGGGUCUCUAAAAAAAACAUUGCCCAAUAUACAGACCCGGAACUUCGAGCCGACUUCUCCGACCCAACCGCUCUCCUAACGCUCUGUUACGCAGCUGAUACCUGGGGCGCACUGUAG